AAAAACAGCUGGUGUAUGACGUACAAUGAACGCGACAAAAUCAUCUCAGGACCCUGCGUGGACGCAAAGUUCGUGAUGGGACCGAAAUCAAGACGACGUUCUCGCUCCAUGUCCAGAAGUCCAAGCCGAGACCAACCAAACAGAUCCAGAGUAAGCAGAUCAAAAUCUCCCGAAAGACGGACGAAUCGUUCUCAAUGUGCAGACCCAAAACGAUCCGCUCGGGGUCAUGCACGAUCCGAUAGCCGCGGCAGCAGCUCACCAGACCGACGACGGCCUCAACAUCGGGAUCGAUCAAGUUCUCGAAGUGGUUCGGAGACCGACAGGAAGCAAAGAAAGCAACGUGUCAGGAGCAAAUCUGAGGAUAAAUCGUCCAGUCCUGAUUCAGAUCAUCCUCGAGAGAGAGGGAGAAGAAACAUGCAGACCCGAAAAGUAACAUCUCAAGAGAGAAGGAAGGAACGGUCUUCUUCAUGCUCCCCGGGCGGAAGCACUGAAAGAGAGCGUGGAAGACGAAGAAGCCCCAGUAGAGACAGACAGAGACAGCAAGAGCGAGAUAGAGAGAGGAAAUCUGAAAAAGACAAAAGAAAUAAGAGUAGUGAAAGGGAGCAUGGGAAGAGCAUCCAAGGCAGAAACCGAGGGAGACCUCAGUCCAGUUCGGCCGACUCCUCAGAAAGCUCGGGCUCUGAUCGGGAGAGCAGGACCGUUAAAGACAAGGAAGACAAGAAUAAACAGAAGGAGAUGAUGAAGGCUCUGGAGACACCAGAAGAGAAGCGAGCCAGGAGGUUGACUAAAAAAGAGACAAAGGAAAAGAAGAGGAGAGAAAAGAUGGGUUGGAGUGAAGAGUACAUGGGAUACACCAAUGCAGACAACCCUUUUGGUGAUAAUAACCUACUGGGCACAUUCAAAUGGCAAAAGGCUUUGGAUAAGAAAGGUAUCGGCCACCUCGGGGAGAAAGAUCUUAAGGAGAGAAACAAACGCAUCCAGGAGGAGAAUCGCAGAGAACUUCAGAAGGUAAAGCAGCUGCGUUUGGAACGUGAGCGAGAGAAGGCAAUGAGGGAGACAGAACUGGAGAUGCUGCAGAGGGAGAAAGAAGCGGAGCAUUUCAAGACCUGGGCCGAGCAGGAGGACAACUUCCAUCUGCAUCAAGCCAAACUACGGUCUAAGAUAAGAAUCCGCGACGGCCGUGCGAAACCCAUCGAUCUGUUGGCGAAGUACAUCAGUGCCGAAGAUGACGAUCUGGCUGUUGAGAUGCAUGAACCGUACACCUUCCUCAAUGGGCUGACGGUCACAGACAUGGAUGACCUUCUGGAGGAUAUCAAGGUUUACAUGGAAUUGGAACAAGGCAAGAAUGUGGAUUUCUGGAGAGACAUGACCACCAUCACCGAGGAUGAAAUCAGCAAACUGAGAAAACUGGAAGCGUCCGAGAAGGGACCAGGUGACCGCCGGGAUGGCAUCAACACAGCAGUGAGCAGCGACGUCCAGACUGUAUUCAAAGGGAAGACGUACAGCCAGCUGCAGGCUCUACAUCUCAACAUAGAGACCAAGAUUCGGGCCGGAGGAUCCAACCUCGACAUCGGGUACUGGGAGAGUCUGCUUCAGCAAGUCCGAGUUUACAUGGCUAGAGCCAGGUUGAGAGAGCGACACCAGGACGUGUUGCGUCAAAAGUUGUUCAAACUGAAGCAGGAGCAAGGCGUAGACAGCGAACCGUUGUUCCCCAUCAUUAAGGAAGAGCUGAGGAGCGACGACAUAAGUGACAAUAAAGUGGCGGGCCGAUCAGGCGCUUCAACCUCAGAAGGGCCCGACCACUCGCCUUCGCCCUCAUCCCAAAACAAAGCAGGGGAUGACGGCCCGUCCACAUCUACUGCGGAACCCGGUGACCGAAAAGAGGAAGGAGGGGAAAGCGGGGGGAAAAAGGACGACGAGAAGGGCGAGGAGGCGGUGUUGACGGAGGAGGAUCUGAUCCAGCAGAGCCAGGCAGAGUAUGAUUCGGGUCGCUACAGUCCCACGCUACUCACGUCGUCUGAGCUGCCACUGGACUCGCACACCAUCACUCCUGAGGAGGACGCGCAUAGGCUGCAGUUGGCACGCAGACAGCUGCAGGUCACAGGUGACGCCACAGAGAGCCCCGAGGAUGUCUUUGUGCGUCGAGCCAAAGAGGGAAUGGGCAACGACGAGGCCCAGUUCAGCGUGGAGAUUCCCGUGUCGGGCAAGAUGUACCUGUGGGCAGACAAAUACCGACCCAGAAAACCCCGCUUCUUCAACAGGGUCCAUACCGGUUUUGAGUGGAACAAAUACAACCAGACCCAUUACGACUUUGACAACCCUCCACCCAAGAUCGUCCAGGGCUAUAAAUUUAAUAUUUUCUACCCGGACCUGAUAAACAAGCGCUCCACACCUCAGUACUUCCUUGAGCCCAGUCCUGACAACAAGGACUUUGGGAUCCUAAGGUUCCAUGCCGGCCCACCAUAUGAGGACAUCGCCUUUAAGAUAGUGAACAGAGAGUGGGAGUAUUCACACCGACACGGCUUUCGUUGUCAGUUUUCUAACGGGAUCUUUCAGCUGUGGUUCCACUUCAAGAGGUACCGCUACAGGAGGUGAAGCUCACGCACCUUCAUUUUAAUGUUCUUAAGCCCAACCUCUCAUUUCGGGGUAGUUAGGGUUCUACAAAUCUGUAAAAGUGUUUAAUUCAGUCUGCUUCAUAAGAAAAAAAAAAAUCAGUUUCCUUUUUAUCAUCCCAUUUUUUGUUUCUUUUCUAUUUUGUAUACAUUGAAUUACAAAGAUUAAAGUGGUUAUUCUAGUG